AUGAUGGUGACUCGGAUGAUGAUGGGAGGAAGGAGGGGACAUCUGAUGAUGGUGGAGGAUGCAGGUUGGUUGCUCGGCACACACACAGUGUGUAGAAGGUCGGUGUGUGCGGUGUACUGUGGUCAGUAGCACGUCUCUGGCUGCCUAUAAGAAGUACACCAGGCUGGGGUUCCUCUUCCUCAAUGUCUCCCCUGAGAGGCUGCUUGUCGUCCCCGGUCCAGCUGCGCCCUCCGCUCAUCCCCCGGCCAUCCUUACUUGGCCUCUUACUGCUUGAGCUCCUUGUGUUGCUGCUGGAGGAAGAGGAGCAGCAGCUGUCUGGGAGCCCCGGGACUUCCUCCAGCACCCUGCCGGCUGACGAGCAGCCAGGGACCGAGAAUGAAAGCGGAGAAGGAGGACCUGUCCAUGAUCAACCUGUCUGUACAACAAGUCCUGAGCCUAUGGGCUCACGGGACAGUGCUGAGGAGCCUGACCGAGAUGUGGUAUUGGGUUUUCCUAUGGGCCCUUUUCUCCUCUCUGUUUGUCCACGGAGCAGCGGGAGUUCUGAUGUUUGUCAUGUUACAGAGGCACAAGCAGGGAAGACUCAUUUCUGUGGUCCUGAUCAGCAUUGGGUUCCUGGCUUCUGUCACCGGAGCAAUGAUAACUAGUGCUGCUGUUGCAGGUAUUUACCAAGUAGCAGGCAAGAACAUGGCUCCUUUGGAAGCGCUGGUCUUUGGAGUUGGACAAACAGUACUAACAGUGAUCAUCUCCUUUUCACGUGUCAUUGCCACACUAUGACACAUAAAGUAUUGUAUCCUAAUGGAGAUUAAGCCUAUGAGGAACACAUAUUUAUGUGAUGUUGUUGAGUAGCUACACAUUGCAUAAUAUACUGAUUUUAAGAAAUCCCAAGCAGGAUAGAGCUGUUUUAAAGGAAUUUGGAUCUCUUCAAGUUAAAAAGAGGUCUUCGAUUGCUAAGCUGUUGCACUAAUGAAAUGCCUAGCACCUCACGUGCCUCAGUUAAAGGCAAGGUGUUAUUCUUUUCCUACAAUACUGCAGAAAGAAGCACCUUGCAGAACUGAAAUAUUUGAAUAUCCCUCUAGUGAUGUGAGCAUGCCUCUGUGGAAGUAGUGUUCAAUGCUCUCCUCGUGAAUUAUUCACCACAACGCCAUGAUGGAACAAAACGUAUGAAUGAAGCAACUGGACUAGCUGGACUCAAAUGUUUCAGAAAGAGUGGUUGAAUGCCAUUGUGCCAAAUGGAUUCAUUUCUUCAUUCUUUUUUAACGUACUCAACAUUGUUGGAAGCAUGAAAUGUUGGUAAAUGAUAGAAUUACGUGACAGUCAUGGAUGUGAUCUCAACUAAAAUGGAAACACAAAUGUUAUUUGCUCUUGACUGAUUUUUGGACUAUGAGAAGUUUGAAAGAGGCAUGAAAACUUCAAAUUGUGUUCCCUGAUUCAUCAAGUACAGAUGGUCUGUGACAAUGUGAUAGAUGAAUAAUAUAUGGUUCAUUUCACUUCAUGAUUCAUUCAAUACCCAAAGUUAGUAUACAUCUAGCCUGUGCCAAUUGCUGUAAACUGGAUGCACAGAUGGAGAUUGUAUUGUCUAUAUCAACUGUUCAGGUUGUACUUGGCAUUUCACUUGCCUAGCAUAGGAAAUGAAAUGAUCAGUAAUUAGUGCAAAACUUUUAUUCUUCCCCUUUUCAGCUUUUGUAAUAAGUGUCAUUGUAAUAAGUGGGAGUCUAGGCUGAUUGUAAAGCAGCUUUAAUCAGCCUGAUAACAGCAGUCCCUCUCUGACUUUCUAACAACAUUCUAGUUUAAGGAUAGUCAAAUCAUCCUCAUUGGAACUGAAUAGGCUCAUCUUCAUCCCUGACCCAGUAUAAAGCCAGGAGUAAGUAAGGCAGUGGUCACAACCAUGGGAAAAAUUAAGUUGCUUCUACUAUGGGUAUUGACAGUCAUGGCAGAUUUAUCAUAACAAGAGAAUACGAUACAUUUAGCAGUUUUAAUUGCAUUUCAAAUUUUGUAAUGGUUCUUACAUUAUUUUUAGGUAAAUAUUUGAUCAAACCCAAUGACCAGAUACUAUACAGGAUGUGGUACAUGCAUUUUCUUCUUUGAGAGCAUACUCUAGGAACAGAGUAUUAAAUUCCUUAAAGUGGAUAUGUAAACCCCCACAUACUGUAUACCCAGCAAAGUGAACAGCCUCAGAUUAAACACAGAGAUUAAACAAAUCUCUCUACAUACAUUUUACUAGUAUAUCUGAGGUCUUUAGAUUUAUAUAUUAUUUAGAAAGUUCAGAUCGUGUUACAGAUUUUCUCUUCCUGUUCAACACUGAGUGUGAAGUCUGGGCAUACAGCCAAGACAGCUGAUUGGAGGAAAGACACACACCCCAAUCCACAUAGGCAGAGACUAUCAGAGCUGUUUUGUGAAUAGUUCAGCACUCUGCUAAUCUAUUUAUAGCAACCUCCCCGACACAAAUUUCAGGUUGGUUUUAUCACAGUUGUCAGAGAACUUGUCAGAAGUUAUCAGGCUGAUAACAGAGGAACUGAGCAGGAGAAGUCACAGGACUUAGUGCUUCGAAGAGAGAUAAGAAAACACCACAGAUAUAUGUCCCAGCUCACAUUUCUUGAAUCGAGUUUACAUCCACUUUAAGGUAGAACUUAAGUGUACCUAAACACCAAAAACCGAAAAUGUUAUUUAAGUAAUUUUAAUAUUCAAAGCAAACCUAACCUACCGUCCAUGUUUUUAUGCUUUACUAUGUUUUUAAAGUCACUUU